AACUGUGGGCAGACAAACAUAGCACCAGGAGAGGAAAAGCAGACCAGGAGAGCUAUUAGCAGCAGCAGAAGAUCACCCGGGACCUCCAAUAUCUUUUUUUACAAUAUUAUUAUAUUGGAGUUUUCCUGUUGCUUAAAAUUCUGUUUUCCUCACUAAGCAAUGAGAGUCAAUGUGGAUAGAAUGGAGAAUACUGUGAUCAGUUUGUCACCUUGUGAGACCCGUCUGUCUAAGGAUUAUUCACCUGACUGGACUCUGUACUCAGAGACAUCCCUGCUUAACUGGAUAACCAACACACUGUAGGAAACAUGAACCCUGAGUCUCUGGACAGGUCCAUCCAGAACACCCUCUCAGCCCUCUAUCCUCCCUUCGAGGCCACAGCCCCCACCGUCCUGAGCCAGCUCUUCCAGGUCAUAGAGGAACGUUACCAAGGAGACGCCCUCCAGUGUCUGCUGGACUUCCUCAUUCCAGCCAAACACAUCCUUGAGAGUGUUCAGCAGGCUGCCUGUGCCCAGUACUCUGAUGUGGUGUUCCGCUGUGAGGGCUGGCCUCUGUGUCUACGUGAGAAGGUGGUGAUCCAGCUGGCCUCCAUCAACCCCCUAUUGCUGCGCCCAGGGGACUUCUACCUACAGGUGGCACCCUUCUCUGAACAGUCCGCCCGCAUCGUGGUCCGGAGCCUGCUGGGGGAGGAGGAGGGACAGGGUCGGGAGGUGGAGGAGACACCCAUCCCUGAGACCUCCUACCCCUGCAUCUUCACUGAGGACUGGCUGGGAGAGCUCAACCGUGGCCGCCAUGGCACCCUUCUCAGCCAAUGUAUCCUCUCCACAGACCAGGGCAUGGUGAAGGUGCCAUGGGCACAGGUGGCUCUACCUGAGUUUGUGGAUAAACCCAGAACUAUGGCCUUGUCAUCUCCUGACCCUGCUGCUGCUCAACAGGAGACAGUGGCAAGGCCAGGGCCCUCAUUGGUGCUGCCUCCCCCUGCCUCUGGGUACUCUGUUGAGACAAGGAUCUCUCCUGCUAAACAUGGCAUUGCGGUGUCGCUGCGUCUGGUGGACAGUAACUGCUCCAGGCUGGUUAAGGUGGAUCAGGAUUGGCCUGUGGCUAAGCCCAUAGGCUGGGUGUCUCCCAACACAUGGGACAGCCGCAGCAAAAACAUCUCUGUGGUUGAGGGGGAAUAUAUAGACUUGGUGGAGUUCACUAAGGAGAAAGAAGCGUUGCUUCUCAGUGGGGCUCACAGUCACACACACCCCAGAGCGCCCAUGUUUAGGCCUGUUACCCUCAACAGGCCUGGUGUUCCUCCGGCUCCAGCCCUGCCCCCAGCCUUGGCCCCAGCCCCCCACCAGCCCCUCAGGGAACCGUCACACUGUGGCCGGACCGUCCGGUUCUCCGAGGACCCCCCCUGCACCCCUUGCAUGAGGAGGAGAAUGGGCCAGGUGUCCAAAGCACAGGAACUCAGGUGCUGGUACAGAGAGUCUUACCAUUCAGCACUGCAGAACCCUAUUACCUUUGAGCGAGACAAUAGACUGAAUACACUGGUGGUUCUGGAGGAAGCUAGUCCAUGUGAGGGGAGGCUGGGACCAGAGGGUAAAGAACUAUGUCCUGGUCCCUCCCAGCAGUGCUACCAUCCAGACCCAGGUCACCAUGACCAGACUCCCCCUGUUAGCACGGUUCCCUGUUGGAAGUCUGGAGAAAGUAACACUAUAUCCAGUGGAGUUUUCCAAGGCCUAUGUGACACUAGGGAGUCUACAGAAAUGACCACCAAAUCCAGUGGAAUUUUACAAAGCCUGAAUGACACUAAAGAGGAUGAUGGGAGAUGUCCCUCCUCACUGUCGACCACUAUUGUGGACAUAUCAGAGAAGUGUGAAGUUGUGAUACAAGGAAGAAAAAGUAGGAGGGACAUUGACUUACCUACAAAGAUGAUUCCCAGCUUACAUGUAGUGAAAUGUAAAAAUGCCACAGCUUUUGGACUGGUUUCCCCAAAGAUUAACAGGCGGAGACUGCCCAACCAAGCUGGCCAACCCUCCAUACCCGUUACAAACGGACACCAGACCCCUCCACCGGCCCCUCCACUUGAAAUUACCCAGCAGCCCCUGGGUCACUAUGCUGUGCCCAGGUCUAAGGUCCAGUUACCAGCCUCAGCAGAACCCAGCACUCACCACCUCCAGAUGGGAGUAGCAUAUCUUACUGGUGGCAGAGACAGGACAGGUCGGUUGGUGGUUGAGGUGUACGGAGACCAGGAAGGAUGGAGAUCUCCUUUAGUGUCUAGUCUGGAACUCUGCAAACUUCUGCUCUACCUCCACUCUGUAAUCAGGAGAGAACUAAGAGAACUUGGAAUGACACUAGUUAUUGAUGCUCGUAAGAGUUCACCUCCACCACAGUUCAAUAAGGCCUUGUUGGUGGUUCAGGAGCAGAUUCCCCAUGCAAUACACAGUGUCUUGAUCCUAGUGGAGAAGGAGAGCUGCCAUCGCCCAGAGAAAUGUCCUAGACUACAGAUUUCUGUGGUGACCUCACUGAAGGGGUUGCACAAGCUGGUGGAGGGGAGCCAGCUGACCUCAGGCCUAGAGGGCACCCUUCCCUACAACCACAUUGACUGGCUGCAGCUCCAUCAGAAACUUCAUCCCUUUAUGUCAGAUCUCCAGGAGGCCUCAGGUUUGCUACUAACGGCCAUCAGGAAACUAGAGGGAGGCUGUAAGAUUGACACAGUGCAGGAUGUACAGAGGUGUAUUCUAGAACAGAGAACUCUGAUGAAGGAUGUUCUGGAGGACAGCCGAUUGGUCGCUUUGCAAAGGGAGGGUGGAGCCAUGCUGGCCAGGCUGAGAAAGGAGAGUGACCUCAGAUACUCUCACUGUGAGAAUUACAGUGAUGCGGUGGAUUCUGUGACCUGCAUGUACAACCAUGUAGAGGAGCAGGCCCAUAUGCUGGUGCAAAGAUCCAACAUGUCCCUGGAGCACCUUGAAUACCUGCUCCAACUCAGAGAAAUGGAGGGCCACUUCACUAAGAUCAGGGAAUGGUUUGAUACAGAAGGGGAACGGCGGUUGUUGGAGGCAGAAUCGGUGGAGGACUCCAGAGAAAGUGUGGAGCAGACUCUCCAUAGUUUCAGUGCAUGCCUCACUGAAGCCAAUGAGCAGAAGCACAAGGCAAUGGCCCUGGUGACAGAGGCAGAGAAGAUCCAGGGCCCAUUCCCUGAGACUGAGGUGUUCAGGACCAUGGUCUGCACCUUCAAAUCUGGCCUGGCUGACUUCCUCUCCCGGGCAGAGAGGUGCUGUAAUGAGCUGGAGAUUAUGGUCACUGUGUGCAACUUCUGUGAACAGGCUACUGAGCUGGCCAAAGACUGCAGACAAUACCUGGACCAGGUUGUCAAGCGCCCAGAGACGGAUGAUGUCUCUACACUCCAGAUGUACCAGGAGAGCUUUGUCCAUUUCUCCCCAGAGCUCUUCCAGGAGGUGAAGGCCCAGGCGUGUGCUUUGAGGGGCUCCAGGGGCAUGCGGGUGUGGAACGUAGCCUGGCUAAAGUGUCAGGAGGUCAGGCAGCAGCUGGAGGAGAGACUGCAGGAUGUGGAGAGGGCCUUGCGGAACACAGGCCCCUGGCAUGAACAACUUAGAGCUGGUGAGGAUGAGGCCUCGGUUCAGACAGUGACUCAUCAUGAUGGAGCUCUGUUACUGCCCAGACCUGGUCCACCACUCUGGUACAAUCCCCCAUCAGGCUCUAUGGUGGGUAGGUAUCAUGGGGCCUUGGAGAGCAGGAACAACUCUGUGACCUGCUGUAAUAUCAACUUCAAGCCUGAGAAUAACAGACCUUGUAAAUGGUCAAAGAUCACCACCAUGCCGGCCUCUCCCCAUAUCAGAUACAUUAGGAGAGCGGAGAGGGAGCCCAGCGGGAGAGAGGCCUGCCGAGGGAGGAGCAGAGAGGCCGCCACCCUUGCCGACUCGCACACUUUGGGCUGUGAGUGGUUCCCGUGGCAACGCGGGGGUCUGGGCCGGUCCAUGAGCGAGGAGUCGUGUGCGACCGCCGCGUCCAGUCAGUCUGAGACUCGCGUCCAUACACCUUCCUGCUCCCACAAGCAACCCUCCUGUCGGAUCCUGCAGGCCGCUCAGAAGUUCCAGAUCUCACGGCAUGGCAGCUUCUGCUCAGAGGAAUCCUGUAGUGUCCAAGAGGGGGCAGAGUGGGCCUCUUCAAGGAAUACUAGCCCAGCAGUGAGGAGGUGUGAGGGAACAACAUCGUUGGCAAGUCCAGAGGAGAAGGCUGGCCAUGUUUUGAAGCUGCAGCGGAUCAUGGUGGAGCUACUGUUAACAGAGAGGGAGUAUGUGCGCUCCCUGGGUUACAUCCUAACUCACUACCUCCCCCUGCUGGAGAGGCCUGAUGUGCCCCAGGACUUGCGGGGCAAACGUGGAGUCAUCUUUGGGAACCUGGAGAAGCUGUAUGACUUCCACUGCCAUUUCUUCCUCAGAGAGCUGGAUGCCUGUCAGACAGAGCCCUUACAAGUGGCUCGCUGCUUCCUGAGACACAGAGACAGUUUAGGCCUCUAUGCUCUCUACAGCAAGAACAAGCCUCAAUCAGAUGCCUUAAUCCUUCACCAUCGCCAUGACAUCUUCAAGAGGAAGCAGCAGGAGCUGGGGGACCACAUGGACCUGUCCUCCUACCUGCUGAGACCCAUCCAGAGGAUCAGUAAGUACAGCCUGCUGCUGCAAGACAUGCUGGGGAUGUGUGGGCCUCAGAGAGACAGGGAAGAACUCCAGGCUGCAGCCGACGUGGUCCGCUUCCAGAUGCGUCAUGGCAAUGACCUCCUCACCAUGGACGCCAUCCAGGACUGUGACGUGAAUCUGAAGGAACAGGGCCAGCUGAUUCGCCAGGAUGAGUUCACCGUGUUCUUCAGAAAGAAGAAAUGCUUCCGUCGUAUUUUCCUCUUCCAGGAUCUCAUCCUCUUCAGCAAGACCAAGAAGACCAAUGUGGGCAAUGAUGUGUACAUCUACAAACAUUCUUUCAAGACAUCUGAUAUCGGGAUGACCCAUAACUCUGGAGAGAGUGGUUUCUGUUUUGAGAUCUGGUUCCGGAGGAGGAAGUUCCAGGACACGUACACUCUGAAGGCUGACAGGGCGGAGGUGAAAAGGGCCUGGGCCAGAGACCUGGAGCAGAUCCUCUGGGAACAAGCUGCCAACAGCAGAGAGCUGCGGAUACAGGAGAGAGUGUUCAUGGGCAUGGGGAGGAAACCUUUCAUGGACAUACAGCCUAGCGAGGCAGCCAUCUGUGACAGGGCUGUCAAUUGGGACAGGGCAGACGUCGGUGACAGGGCUGUCAAUUGGGACAGGGCAGACGUCGGUGACAGGGUCGUCAACUGUGUUCUGCUAGGAAGAGCUCCUGUGCCGUCUUUUCCACAAACAGAUCUUGAAUAUCUCCGGCCCAACUCCAUUGGUUCAGGCAGUAGUGCCUCCUGCAGCCACUCAUCUUUUUCCUCUGGACAAGGUUCUUUACCUCCUGUUGGUUACCCUGGUAACCAGACACAAGGUGGGGAAACCGAUCACAUUGUCUAUUCCUCCCCGGAGACUGUGACGGUGACUGAAGAUGACCUCAAUAACCAUCAUAAUCACCAGAAACAAAACCUUAAUCUUCUCAUGGACAGCACGGAGUCGUCAGGUGAGAGUGGCAGUGUGUUCAGCAGCUCGGAGCGCAGCUGCCUCUCUGCCAUUGGUGGAGAGGUGGAGGACUUGUCAUCUGUCACGUCCCAGAGUUCCCAGUCCUGUGUCACCCAGAGAACAGCAGCACCCAAUCUCAGGAAGAACAGCUCACCUGCCACCAUCAGGAAGAAGCCCUCCAUUGCUCCCAAACCACCAGCGCUGGCUGCUCUUCAGAGCCUCCAAAAGGGCAAAGAAAUGGUUGCUAUAGGAAAAUCAACAGAAGUUUAACCUGUGCAUUCAACGGAUGGUUCAUCCAGUCAGAUUGAUGGUGCAGCCUACCGAGAACGUCCUGUGGAUCUUUGAGCAGUGAUGAUGGAGAGCAGUCAGGCUGACAGUCCUGGCAAGAAGAAUAUUUCAAUUAAAAACUCUGAUAACAGACUGAAUGGACCACUAGUUCACAAGCACUGAAGAGAAAGUGACUUUUUGUCUUUAAAGAACUACGGUGGUCUGUGGUCAGAUUUUAAAGGGUUUAUGGUGUCCAUUUAUCUGAUAAUACUACUUAAGCAAACACUUCUUGAUCUACUACUGCUUUAACUGAAUGGCUAUUGUUUUGCUGUCAUUGGUUCAUAGAACAUACUUUUUUCUUUAUAAUAUGAGUUGUAUUUCAGCUGUAAAAAGGGAUUUCUUUGGAAUUUACAAAUCAUUCUCAUCAUGUCAUGUUGACUCUCUUGAUGACCCCAUAUCCCCAUGAAAUGUCAAAUAUGGGUGAAUAUUUUUUUUUUUUACACACAUUUAACACUGUUUAUAAUGUACCGGUAGACAUGUCAAACUCAAACAACUGACUAUAGAAACACUUGUCCCCAUUCGUUUUCUCUGCAGGCUCAGGGCAACUUGUCAGUGGCACUCUGACAUGAUUUCCUGCCCAGAUUUGUAGAUAAAUUAGGGAUCAACUUGAUAUCCAGGUGGGAUAGCAGAGGAGCAGCAAGUUACUUAACACUUUUUUUUCCAUUUGGGUAGAAAGCUUUGUACUCUAUUGCCGUGAAAAAUCUCUGGAAAGGGAGAAAACCACUCAAUUUGAAUAAUUGAAGGGGUCCAUCUGGCAUUCUCAACUCAUUAGAAACCAGUGUCUUAUGAUUAUUCUCCAGUUUAGUUGUUCUAAUAGUUAACAUAUUCUCAUUACAAACAAUGUACAUUGUUGAGUUCUUUCUUUUCUGUGAAAAAUGAAUUAGCAAUUUUGCUUAGGGCUAGGUUCUAUAAGAUCUGCGGUAGACGACAUCCGUAUAGCAGUUUUGACGAUGUCGGAGAUGGAACUGCGUUAGAGCUCUCAAAUCCAGAAGCGGCUCCUUGCAUUACCUUAUCGUAGACACUGCCAUCGGAUGCAACGAAACCACACCUGGCUUUAUAUCAGACAAAUCCCAUACCCCCUACAUUUUUUUGGGAGUCUCCACCUACUGUUGAGAGUUAGAAUAGUAGAGUACUACACAAGGUGCAAUUUUGAAAUUUGGUUGUACAUCAGCAGAUUAUCUCUUGUUAUGUCAGUCACUGAGUCACUCAAUUAACCCAUGUCCACUAUUUCUUUUUAGAUUGGUAAAUUAGUCAUGGUUGAAUUACCGACCGGGGGGGGCCCACUGAUUUUGUUCGUCACUCUCACUCAGAUAUCAUAUAUGCAAAUAUUUCUCUCCACCAAAUGGCAAAAUGUGUAGAGGUGGGCCGCUAAAAUGUCAUGCUCGCAUGGUGGGGGGGAGCCCCCUCGUGAUGAGUUCAGAUUUUUGUGGCCCCCACCCCCAUCAAAGUUGGCCAUCCCUGUUCUAGGCUACUGUCUACAUGUCCAAUAGGCUAUAAAUCCCCCCAUCCAAAUGAACAUGACAACAUGCAUUAGCCUGUCAUCAUCUCUGUCAUCGAUAGAGCAACACUUUCUAUCGCCAUUUUGAACACACGAGCAGCCGCUCUCCGAUUUGUCAACUCACACUGCAGUUACGGCCAACGCGGGUUAACCCUUGAUCUGAUUGAAUCGCAGCCUAUCUUUUUAACAUGUCAAUAUGGUGAGACUUUCUUUGAAACCACUGUUAUCAAUGUUAGUUUUGUUCAUUGUCCACACUUUUUUGGUUUUAUUUUUCCAAUUGUGUUUUUUAUAUAAUACCCAACGUAUAUAAUUCUCACUGAAAAGCUAUUUAUUAUAGGAUCAGUGCCAUUUUUGUAGAGAAUGUAGGACUUUUCCUGUAUUUCUCCAGCAGGUGGUUUGAACAUCAGCGCACACUGAUGUUGUGCAAUCAGAAGAAAUGGGAACAACCUCCUUCACUGGAAUGUGAAUCCUGACACUUCAGAGGUCAUAGGCCAUGACUCAACCUUGUGACCUGACUGACCGAGCAUAACCCUUUUGGUCAGCACAUAGCCAUCAGUUGAACAUCAGAUAACAUUGUUGCGUAGGCCAACCUGUUGAACUGUACCUUCCUCUACCAGAGCUCCCCUCCGCUGUCCUGAACAGUUUGUGUCACACGUGUUACCUACAAUAUCAGUACACAGAACAUGAGUAAACAAAUUAGGCGUUGAGAUAUUAUUGAUUUAAAUUUGGGUAGUCAUUUAAUUAUAACCGCUGUGUUUAUUAAUAUAUGUUACAUAAAACAAUAAAAGGUAAUGAAAAAAACAAG